AUGGUGAGUCUAGAGAUUUCUUCUUAUGGAAAGUAUGGAAACUCCCCAGAAGUGGUCAGCCGCGUGUUGCCCGACCAUCUCCAGGGGGUACGAGGACACCUGGGCGGGUUGGUGCACGAAGAAGCGCGUUUGCAGGGUGGAUCGCACUUCCUGCCUUUGUUGACAGACUGCGCUUCGGAGGCCAUGGAGGACUGCGUGCAGGGGGCGCUCUCAUCCCUUUACCCACCCUUUGAAAGUACCGCGCCACCUCUCCUCUCGCAGGUGUUCACGGUACUGGAGUCCACCUACCAGCAGGACAGCCUUCGUUACCUCCUGGACUACUUUGUUCCCGCCAAGCACCUUCUUCACAAGCUCCAGCAGCACGCAUGUUCUCAGUACCUGGGAUGCCUCUUCCUCCACUCCGGCUGGCCGCUGUGUCUCGGCAACAAAGUUGUGGUCCAGCUCUCGACCCUGGACUGGAGACUGCUGCGUUGCAAUGACUUCUACCUUCAGGUGGUACCCUUCUCUACACGCUGUCCACGUCUGGCCCUCAAGUGUCUGGCUCCCGGGGGGCGCACUGUUCAGGAAAUCCUGGUGCCUGAGUCCCAGCACCCCCUUGUGUUCACUAGCGAGUGGUUGCACAGCAUCAACAAAGAAAGGGGCCACAGGCGGGAAGCAGGUGGCGGUCUCGACACGUGCUUGGUGAGCACGUCUGACGGCGUGCUUCGCCUCCCGUGGAAGGAGGUCGUCUACCCUGAAUUCAUACACGACCCAUCCGGGGAGCCCGGCCCAACUUCCGAUCCGGAGGGCUACCUGUCUAAAGGUCGGCCUGAGGGCUGGAGUGGGGACUCCUGGGGGUGGGCUGAGGAGGAGGAAGAUAGCGCCUUGCCGCCGGAUGGUUUGGACUCAGAGCCCCCGCUUCCUCUGCGGAGGCGCAGCGAAGACGGACUCGGGCGGACCGCGAGACAUCCUAUGCUCGAUAGCGACUACGUGGAGCUGUUGGAGCCGCGAAGUGGACCGGACGGAGGUGUCGACUCUAGGCACAGGUACUUGGAAAUGCACGGCAUAUGCAAAACCAAGACUUUGCCUCUUUGCAAGAGGGGAAAAGCCAUCAAACUGCGGACUGAAAAGCUGGUGGGAUGUGGCCAAAUGAACCACUUUGGUAGCUUUGGGGGGCUCUCCGGACCCAAAACCAUUUUGACUGCCCCUGAGGAGCGUGUACUAGUGCCUCCUCUAGGAGUCACACAAACAAGUGGAGGUGGACAAUCUUUCUCCUGCUUGGCCCAGAACUCUGAGAGAGGCAGCGAUAGCCGAGGAAGCCGACCAUUCAAUGAGAGGCGGCCUGGCGUCGGGGGUGAAGGUGACAUAAACAGGGUAACGCAGCCAAAAAGAGAAAGCUCUGAGAGCACUCGGCUCUCCAACGAGUUCUCCGACUUAGGCGGGCAUGUCGUCGAAGGCUGCUCCGAUCCUGGAUCCCAUUCAGACUCUGUGUUCGAGGAUAUCGACAAACCACAGAGCGAGGACAGCGGCGCUGCAACGCCGACGCAGGAUGAACUGGACAAAACCUUGGCCGCCGUGGCGCAGAAAAACAGGGAUAGCAAAAGCGGAACGGUCGACCAUGGCAAGAAGAAGAAUCCAGAGCGCGUGACAGGAAAGGAAGUCAAAGCUCCAGGAUUCAGAACUCCAAGGAGGAAAAGGAGGGUUAGGGGAGCCAAAGGAAAGGCUCGGUCUGGCGCACGUGCUUCCCGCGGGGGCUCCAAACCGCAGGGGAAAGCGUCUCUUCAUCUGAGCUCCCCUUCCUGCUCCGGGUCUACACGACGACCAAUCACAGAUUGCCAUUCGGAAGCGUGGUCCGACGAGGACUGCCCGUCAGAGAACGCCGCAACCGGAACAGAGGCAGAAUCUUUACUUGAUUGCAGUGGGCAAUCGGCUACCUUUAUCCCCGCUAAUGAGGAGGCAGAGUCAGUCAAUGCAUUUAAAGAGGCCCCUUUGCUGAGGGAAUUGGACGUAGAGCUUCUCCGGUCUGGGCAUCUAAGGAUGACUGGUACAGUGGACAGAUUGGGACGCGCCCUAGUAGUAGCUGAAACGGGAGAUUCCCGCAACAGCGAGGAGAUGGCCCGCAUCCUGGCCUGCUACCACAGGAUGGCACGGCCCGCGGCCAAAGAAAAAGGUCUUACGGUGGUAACAGACUGCAGACGAUCACCGCUGUCUGUGCACUGCCUCUCCGCGCUUAGGUUAUUCCAGCGGAUGGUUCCUGGUGGUCUUGGAGCAGUGCUGGUUUUGGUGGAGGGACAGCAGCCUUCUUGUGACCUGGAGGGAACAGAGGUCCACGUCGUGCAAGGAACAGCUGUCCUCGAGCAGUUUGUGGACAGGCAACAGCUACCCACAGAUAUGGGUGGCGACUUCCACCAUUGCCAUUCUGAUUGGCUCUCCUUCAGACUAAGCUUAGAGAAUUUGACCGAGCGCUGCGAGAGCGCCCUCCUCCUGCUAGCGGAAGCCCUGCGGUCAAUGGACGCUGAGCCACCGGUGGACAACAUCAAGGAGGUUCCGGCAAGCGCAGACAAACACCGGCGCCUCAUGGCAAGCGUCCUCGCCGACUGUCGCUUGACUGAACUCCAGCGAGGGGGCGGAGCCCGUCUGGCAGGAUUGAGCAACAGCGCUGGCGGCUUGGCGCGGACGUCGCCCGAUUGUAGGGCCGCGCUGGCUGCAGCCUCCAAACUUUACGACAGUGUGGACGACGCCCUCCACGGGCUGGUGCGAGUAUCUAACCGGAGGGCUCGCGAGCUGGAUGCGCUGAGCCGACUGGCCGGCCUAGUGGAUGAGCUGGAAAAGUGCGAAGAAGAGAUGGAGCGUGUGCAGUCGCAGCUGGACUCCUAUAAGGACCCGCCUCUGUCGCUAAGCAGACUGUCGCUCCAGCAGCAAAAGUUCAAAACGUUGCGAGAAACGGCAAAUGAGCUGCACAGCCGAACUCUGUGCGUGCUCACUGACCUAGAGGCUUGGAGUGAGUUGGAUUGGGCGGGCCUGAACGACAUCCAGGUCCGACUCCCUCCGGUCAGGGAGCGUCUACGGCACAUGUCGCACUGUCUGUCUGACCGCUGGGCCGCCCUGGAUAAUACGCAGCGGUUGCUGUCUACUUUGACCGAGGCUUCCCAGUGGUGUGACGAAGUGUCCACCGCCUCCCCGUUGACCUCCUCCCCUGUCUGCGCCUUGGCCUCCCUGCCACCCAUCCCGCCGUCCCGUUUUCAGGAUGCCCGCUCGUUGGCUGUGGACUUGGGCGGCGGAGCACUGCUGGAUCUGUGGAGCCGUACGCUGGAGCGUUACCAGCAGACUGUAGCGCAGGUGAAGCCGCGCUUCCUCCAGAACCAAAGCCAGACCAAGGCCAAGACGCCUGGGGUCGGGAGCGCAUGGGACGUGGAGGGAGAGGGCGACUGGGGCCUGGGUGCUGCGGGAGGUGAGGGUGGGAUGCAGUCCUGGGGUUCGCUGGCCUCGCUGUUCAGACCGCAGACCUGCUCUACGCUGAAGAUAGGAGAUGAGAGAGGGGGCAAGAAAGAGGGGGCAGGCAGCGGAGGGUUUCUACAGAACCUUUUGAAAAAGAGUGCCGCAGAGGCACCCCUCCCAGCCAAGCCCCCUAGGAAGAGACAUCCCAGUUUUGAUCUACAGGCCCUCCUAGCCCCUCGCAGAGGCGCUGCUACUCCCAAACCCGCCGAGUGCCGCACCUCCCCCAAGUCCUGGCUGGGUCGCCGGGCCUUGACAGACCCGGUCGUCACCACCGGUUUGGCUUCCGCCAUUCAAGGAGGAGGAGGGGUGUUGAUCAGGGGGGUGGAAGUCAGCAGCAAAGAGGUGGUGGACCACACCGGGUCCCCGCGCCAACACGUGCUGCUGGGCAGGACCGAGAGAGAAACGGGGACAGAGCGGGCCACAUCCACGGCUCAGAGCAAACUCCACUUGCUCUGGUGCAGGAUGCUGAGCAGUGAGCGACAAUACGUGGCCAUUCUCAAGGGGGUACAGGAGACCUAUCUUCCCCUGCUGGAGCUCUCGGACACACCGGCCGCCAUCUGGGGGAAGGCGGAUACCCUAUUCCCCUGCUGGUCCGCCCUGAGCACCUUCCAUUCGCAGGAGCUUCUGCCCGCCAUGGAGGACGCGCUGGUGCAAAGCUUGCUUCAACAGGACUGCUUCAGUAAAUAUCGGGACCACUUUCUGCACUACACCGACUACAUACGGAACAAACCGGAACUGGAUUCGCCUUUAGUCACGCAAGCGGCCGAAUUCUUUAAAUCCAAGCUCCCUGCCACUGCCGCCUCCCCCUUGUCGCCUCUGUGUUUCCCUCAGUGUCUACAGGCGCCCCCCGAGCGGCUGGAACAGUACUGCGAGGCCUUGGAGGAACUUGGUGGCAUCAACCCCUCCUCUGACUCCGCCCUCUCUGUCCUGAAGCACGCCCAACGCCAUGGCGAGGACCUUAGGGCCAGCGACCUCAUCGCGGGCUGUCCAAUUCCCGCGAUGGAGCGCGGAGAACUGGUGCGUCAGGGCGAGUUGACGGUGUGUGGCAGCACCCGGCGCAAGCAUGUGGGCCCCAGGAGAGUCUUCCUCUACCAGCACGUCAUCAUCUUUACCAAACAUAAGAGCGGAGGAGGCGGUGGCGCUGGACCGGGACGCUCAGCCUACAGCUACAAACACAGCAUGAAGACAGCCGACAUGGGCCUGACGCAGAGCGUGGGCGAGGACGGCUUGAAGUUCGAAGUUUGGGUGCGGCAGACUCCUCGUCUCAGGGACUGCGUGACGCUGCAGGCUCCGGAUGGGGAGCAACGCAAGGCUUGGACUCGGGACGUCGCCCGCCUGCUGUGGACGAAUGCCAUCAACAGCACAGAGCUGUGCCUGAAGGAGUCGCUGUGCGUGGGCGUGUCCAGCAAACUGCUACUGGACGCCAGCGGAAGUCAAAGGAACGUCUUGGAGCGAGUGCACAGCAGCUGCUCGGAUUCGUCGUCCGUCGGCAGCCACAAGGAGGCUGGGGGAUCCCCGGCGUCGGGUGGAAGGAGCUCUGCCGAUGGUUCUCAGGGUCAGUCACCCUCCACUGCGGUAUAG